GCGGCUGCGCACACGCGGCCCCUCCUCCGUUGGGCUGCGGGCGUUGCGGGUGCGAGCGGCACCGGCACCGGCAUGGGCGUGCAUGUGGAGACCAUCGCCCCCGGCGACGGGCGGACGUUCCCCAAGCGCGGCCAGACCUGCGUGGUGCACUACACGGGUAUGCUGGAGGAUGGGAAGAAGUUUGAUUCCUCCCGCGACAGGAACAAGCCGUUCAAGUUUGUGAUGGGCAAGCAGGAGGUGAUCCGUGGCUGGGAGGAAGGAGUCGCUCAGAUGAGCGUUGGUCAGCGGGCAAAGAUGACCAUCUCCCCAGAUUACGCCUACGGCUCCACUGGCCACCCAGGGAUCAUCCCACCAAACGCCACUCUAAUUUUUGACGUGGAGCUCAUGAAAUUGGAAUGACCCAUCCCAGCACCCUGUCCUUGGGUUUGGCACAUGGAGGAAUCCAGAAUCUCAGCUUCAAGAAGAGUGCACAUGACUUUAUACGGAGCUUUUCCUGAUAGCCCACUACACUCAUUGUAUAACCUUACACCUUGAUUGAAUGCCUUUGGUCACUAAGCUUUGCGUCUGACUCUUCCUCCUUGUAUUGUGUUUUUAUGUCUUUUUAAACUAUACGCCGUAAACCUCAACUCUUUUUGGGUCAAGUUCUUAAUCUUAUUUUUGUUCCAGGUGUAGACUACGUUUUCCCAGUAGCACGCAGAUGGGCUGACCUUAGAUAGGAGUCAUUUGAACAAAAGGAAUCCUGUUAGUUACUCGUUUUCAUGCAGAUUUAUGGUGUUUUCAAACCAGAAAUUGCUGCUGCUGCAAAAGCCAUAGCAGAGUGAGGUUGUUGAGGCUGAAGGGAUGCAGAGAGCAAGGUAGCACUAGGAUUGUUCAUAGGAAUUCUGCCUGGAAUGGGACAGCGAGGGAGCCUGGCCUUUCCCUGCUCCCUGAGGAGCAUCACUGCAGGCAUUGUGGGUUUGCUCUGGGAAAGGAGGGCUGCUCUGCCCCUGCUUCCCCCUGUCAUCUCAUGGUGGGCCUGCCUUCCCCUCCAGACCACUUUUGGAUUUAGGGAGUUGGGUUUCCACCAGAGCUCCACCACACCUUGAAAAUCCCGUAGCAUGGAGCUUUCUUUAAAGAAAAAAGGAAAACUGGACAAGGGGAAGGUUCUGUCUGCAGGGGAGGUGGUGGGGGCUCAACAAAAAUGCCUCUGUCCUCCUUCCCCAUGGAAAGGAACCAUCAGCCCCCACAUUGUCCCCACUCUGAGCACACCUGCCCAUUCUCUCCUGCCACCUGAUGCUGGUCAUCGCUGCUUGCCUGGUGUCACAGGAUGCAUAGCUGUCCCCUGUGCCCCCCUCUGCCCUGCCCAGUCCGCUGGUAACAGAAAUUCCCGCCGGUCACUUCCUUCUCCGCCGCACAAAGGUAUCCAGUUUAUUAUCGCAAUAAAAACGCUUUAUGCUGGCUUUUCUCA